AUGCUCGAGGAGUACAUUGAAGUGGUUAUGCCUAUUAUUUUCAAUCUGCAUCAAUUGGCAUCGUUUUACAUGCCAAACAGCGUAUACUACCCUCCUCUGGCAGGGCUCACCAGUACUCAAUUCUUUUCACGGGUCUACUACAGAUUGGCCUACGCUGCAUUCGAAUUUGUCUCUCUGGUUGUGGUCAUUAAUGUGUCGAAGCGGACAUUGCGCUUUUCUUCAUUGCAUCAGCUGGGGUUCGUACUGGAAAAGCACGCAGGUACGAUUCAGCUGAAGCUUAUCUCUAUGUUUGUCUACAUCAUGCAACUGUCAUUGAAACACGUUGGGGCUGACUUCAGCUUUAAGUUCUCCUGGCUGCACCCUGCUAAGACUGGGUGA